AUGAAGAGAUCCCCUCCUCCUCCUCCUCCUCCUCAGCCAUCUCCUUCUUCUUCGCCGGCAUGCUCGCUGUCGCCGUCGCCGUCGUCUCCUUCCUCCUCCGACUCGUCCUCGAUCGCCAUUCCCCGCAAGCGGGCGCGGACGCAGAAGGCCGGGAGCGCCAAGGCCAAGGCGGCGCCCAAGCGGGCCAAGAAAGACGCGAGCAGGAGAAGCAAGGAGUCUGACGCCUCCGCCAAUGGCGCCGCCGCUGCUGCGAAGAGGAGCUCCAUCUACAGAGGGGUCACAAGGCACAGGUGGACAGGCAGAUUCGAGGCACACCUCUGGGACAAGAACUGCUUCACUUCCAUCCAGAACAAGAAGAAAGGGAGGCAAGUCUAUCUGGGGGCUUAUGAUACAGAGGAGGCAGCUGCCCGUGCGUACGACCUCGCAGCUCUCAAAUAUUGGGGCCCUGAAACCACACUGAAUUUCACAGUGGAUGAGUACGCGAAAGAGAGGUCGGAGAUGGAGGCGGUGUCGCGGGAGGAGUACCUCGCCGCCCUCCGCCGCCGGAGCAGCGGCUUCUCCAGGGGGGUCUCCAAGUACAGGGGCGUCGCCAGGCACCACCACAAUGGGCGGUGGGAGGCACGAAUUGGGCGGGUGCUGGGGAACAAGUACCUAUACCUGGGAACCUUUGAUACCCAAGAGGAAGCAGCCAGGGCCUAUGAUCUUGCGGCCAUCGAAUACCGAGGCGCUAACGCCGUAACCAACUUCGACAUUAGCCGCUACCUGGACCAGCCGCAGUUACUGGCACAAAUGGAGCAGGGGCCACAGGUGGUGCCAGCAUUGCAAGAGGAACUUCAACAUGAUCAACAAAGUGACAACGCAGUCCAAGAGCUCAACUCGGGUGAAGCGCAGAAGCCGGGUAGCGUCAACGAGCCGAUUGCAGUGGAUGACACAGACAGCGCCGGAGACAUCGGUGCCCCCCUUGUGUUUGACAGCGGCGUCGAGGAGAACCUGUGGAGCCCUUGCAUGGAUUAUGAUUUGGACCCCAUCUUUGGACGCGACAUCAGCAACUCGAUGAAUCUGAGCGAGUUCUUCAACGACCCCACCUUCGAGAGCAACAUCGGGUACCUGUUCGAAGGAUGUCCCGACAUCGAUGACUGCAGCACCAGGCAUGGCGCAGGCCUGGCGGCGCUCGGUUUUCUCAAGGAAGGUGACGAUAAUAUGAAGGAUGUUCCAGACAUGGAUGCAGAAAUAACUCCUCAAGCAAACGACGUCUCCUGCCCUCCAAAAAUGAUCACCGUGUGUAAUUGA